AUGAGGACGCAUUCACACACACACAGACAAACCCCGUGCGAAACCCGAAGCAAAUUGGCUCCAACACUGCUGAGCAUGAGAAACUCUGACGGAGGAUUUGCCACGUAUGAAACUAAGAGAGGAGGGAGGCUGCUGGAGCUGCUCAACCCCUCCGAGGUGUUCGGUGACAUCAUGAUCGAUUACACCUAUGUGGAGUGUACCUCUGCAGUAAUGCAGGCUCUCAGGCACUUCCAGAAGGCCUACCCAGAACACCGUGCAGAGGAGUUGAGGUCCACUCUACGAGAAGGACUGGAGUACUGCAGGAAGGUGCAGAGGCCUGAUGGAUCAUGGGAAGGGUCCUGGGGAGUGUGCUUCACAUAUGGAAUAUGGUUCGGCCUUGAAGCCUUUGCCUGUAUGGGUCACGUCUAUCAGGAUGACCAUGUGUGCGAGGAGGUGCAGAAGGCUUGUCAGUUCCUGCUGGACCGGCAGAUGACAGACGGAGGCUGGGGGGAGGACUUUGAAUCAUGCGAGCAGCGGCGCUACGUCCAGAGCAGCAGUGCCCAGAUCCACAACACCUGCUGGGCUUUGUUAGGCCUCAUGGCUGUCAGGCAUCCCGAUAGGCGGGCCAUUGAGAGAGGAGUGCAGCUUCUGAUUGACAACCAGCUGCCCAAUGGAGACUGGCCACAGGAGAAUAUUGCAGGUGUGUUCAACAAGAGCUGUGCCAUCAGCUACACCUCCUACAGAAACGUCUUCACAGUCUGGACCCUCGGCCGCUUCUCAACACUUUAUCCCAGCAGUCCAUUGGCUGGAAAGGUCAAGCUGUGAAUAAUUGUAUUUAAAACGUAUCAGACUAUGUGCCACUAUAAGAAAACUGAAUGCCUUGAAAGCAAAUAACACAACAGCCAUGAAGUUCAGACCAUCAUUGAAAAUGGUCGUUUUAUUUGUCAGCCUAUAGGUUUUAUGCUCAUUUCUCACCUUCAUUGACGUUUGAAAACUUCUGCUGUGUUCUCAGAGUUUAAUCUAUCUGAUAAGGAAUCACAUUUCAAUCUUUGAAUUACUUUCUUUGUUGACAUUCCAGCAAUGCUUUUCCAACAGGGCUACUCCCUACAAUCAUGUUGUAAUAACCUGCUGCUGCUAAUCAAGAAUGUGCUUUGAACCUGUAUGUCUAUGUUGCCUGAAAUCCCUGCCACUUCCCUUGCAUUUCCAUUGAGAAUAAAUACUUUUUCUAUAGUAUAAUCAUGACUUGAUGUGUUCUCAAUGAAUGUUCUUGACCAUGUGACAUUUUCUUGUUUGUGCUAAGAACAUUAUCAAACCGUAGUGCAUACAC